AUGUACGAGGACAACCAUCGCGCGCGCGAGAGGGGACCGUCUCCCCCCAGGAAUAACCUCGAGCUGUCCUACGACGACGACAGCUACGCCCCGGAGGAAUCCCGCCGUCGCGAGCGCGACUGGGAUCGGGACCGGAAUUGGGAUCGUGAGACUGCAGAAUACCGCGCAAGAGACUACGACCGUUACUACCAUGGACCGCCGCGUGAGGCCCACGAGCCACGUCCUCGAUCGGGAGAUCAAGGCGGUGGUCGGGAUGACUAUAUGGAUCGCCGUGAUGAAGACGCUGCGCUACUUCACCCACAUGACGGCGACGACCGCGGAUCACGUCGUUACGAUCGAGAUGGCCGGGGCUACUCUCGCCCUCACUACGACGAUAGCACUCGCCGCGAUGAUGCCCGACGUGGUACUGACGAGGAUCUUCGUCAUUUUUCCGCCUCUCCAGGUGGCAGCCCAGAUCGCCAUCCUCGUCGCGAUCGUUCUACAUCGCCUCUUCGACAAGCUGGUACUCCGAGUGAUACUGUAAUCCUGGAAGGUUUACCAUCCGAUGUAUCUCUCGAGACGGUGCGGGAUUGUCUCAUUAAACAGUCCGAUCUAUCACAAUAUCCAUCUGUCGAUCUUCGCAUCCCCUCAACUGGGCGAGGCAAGCGUCGCGCUUUCGCGCAGUUCGAAAAUGUCGAGCAGGCGGUCGAGUUUGUUAAAGCAAACUACCCUAAGCUUGUUAUCAAUUUCUUUAGCGGGGAGGAUGAUGAUAGCACGGAUGGCAUGACCCUGAUUUACAUCCAUUACGCAAGGAACCGCGAUGACGCUGAGCGGGAAAGUCGCGCUGGAACUGCCGCUAAUUGGAGCUGUCCGACCUGUGACUUUUCAAACUAUGCGACCAGAAGCCGUUGCAAGAACUGCGGCGGUCCGCCCACAGAUCCGUCCCAAUACCGAUUUCUAUUGACUGGCGAGAGCGAUGCAUCCGAUACACCUUCUCAGAUCUUGGUUUUCUUCCCUUUGGCACCAUCCGUCAACGAAGAUGUGUUCUCGGCGGGAGCUGGAAAACUAGAGCUCGUGCAAAAGCAAGCAGCAGCAAGGAACUCCGGCGACGGGCCAAAGCUCAAGUCCACUGCCCCGACAGGCGAUGCAUCUGGCUAUGGCGCAAGGCCGGGCUCUCUCCACCGCACAUUCUUGAUGCGUGAUCAAGAGACGAACGAGUCAUUCAGCUUUGGAUUCGCCGAGUUCUGGACAGUGGAAGAUGCGAUGGCGGCCAUGAAGAAGUUUCAGAUGAUGCGCGAAUUCACGAUUGCCUCGAAGCCUGUGACAGUUUCGACCAUCCAUCUUGGCGUCUUCGUGCCAGAACUCAGGGAAGUGACGCGAUUUAACGAGCGUGUCUCGUUCAACCCGCUCUUCAACCCGGCUAUUCGGGUCAAGUACUGGGAGCCCCACGUCUAUCCCAGCCAGAGAGUGAUCACCGAGGUUCCCCCUGGCGGCACCUCUGGAGACGGAGGCAAAGGGGAUGCUGCCGACGAGGCGAAGAAGGGCAAGAAACGCAAGGCGGACGGGAAUCUGCCCGCCUCUUCCACCAAAAAGUCGGUACCGAUGGCUGGACAAAUGGCGUUUUGGCAGAAACGGCAUGUCGAAAUACACGAGGGCAAGCGAGCCGCCGAUGCAGUUGGUGGAAAUGGUCAAUCGGAAGAGCGCGCCCCUGUGAAGAUCUCUCUAUCUGGCGCGAACGCAAUUUCUACCGGCCCUAUCAAGAUUUCUUUGACUGGGGCAAGCCUUCCGAAAGCCCCUGCUCCGACAGCAUCGCCGAAUGGGGCCCCUACUAUUGAGAACUCUCAGACACCCGCGCCUCAGACGGGAACUGCGGCUCCAGACAAGACAUCUACGCCGGAAGCAUCAGUAUCAUACGUGGACCGCGAAAAGAUCUGCUGUUUGAUCUGCAUGAUGAAGUAUAAAUCUCUGGAUGAUCUCAGUACGCAUGAAAAGUCAAGAAAUCACAAGAACGCUACUGCAGAUGAGGAGAAGGUCAAGGCAGCUAAGCCGCGACUAGCUGCCCGCGACAAGAGGAUGGCAAAGCAAGCAGAAGAGCAGCCGGCGGCACCAGCGGCGGACGAGGAAUCAGCACCGCAGUACCGCGACCGCGCCAAGGAGCGAAGAGAGGUGUUUAACCAACCCGCGAAACCAAAGGUACCUGUCCAAGGCGGUAAUAAACCAGCGCGCAAAGACGAUAAGACCGCCAAUCCCCCGGCGGCGGCAUCUAAGGAAAAGACACCUCCGCCGGCGCCUCCGAAAUCCAAGGGCGCGGGGAUGCUGGCCAAGAUGGGCUGGAGCACGGGACAGGGCUUGGGCGCCAACGGCGACGGCCGCACCGAGGUGAUUGCCACGCACGCGUACCAGGAGGGUGUCGGCCUCGGCGCCGAGGGCGGGAACCUGGGCGACGCGGCGGAGCUCGCGCAGCGCAAGACGACGAACAGUUAUGCCGAGUAUGUGAAUACGGUGCAGGAUCGGGCUAGGGAGCGGUAUAACAAGAUGGGUUGA